ACAGGUGAAAUUACUAGUACAUUUUUUAAUCCCAGUAUAUCCAUAAACAAGUAUAUCAUCAUAUAAUCAAUAUAAACAUUUUAAUGAGAUAUUUUAUAUUUUUUCCUAAAUCUUUGAAAUUCGCUGUGAAUUUUAUACUUAAAAUACAUCUCGUUUGGGACUAGCCACAUUCUAAGUGCUCAAUAGCCACGUGUAGCAGGUGGCUACCAUAUUGGUAGCACAGCUCUAAGGAUUUCAUUCCUGGCUCAAGUCCAGGUUCCUAGCCUUGGUAUUCAGUGUUUCUCCCAAACUGGCCUGUCUUCAUCAUUCUUUUUCUUAAUACUUCCCCAAGGAUGAUUAUAUUCUCACACUCAAGACCACGUGCCAUUCCCCUACACCCCUUUUGUUUAAGCUGUUCUUAUACCUGGAGUGCUCUCUGGCCUGUCUCCCUGAGCCUGGUAGAGAGGUACAGAUUCUGCUAAGAGGCUCUUCCUGACUCCCCGAACCCCAGAAGGGAUUUAUCAUUCCUUAGCUCUGUAUUCCUGGCAGGAUUGGAGCACCUAUCACAUGAGGUUUCAUUGUUUCUGAGGUAUCUCCCUGGCUAGUGUGGUGUCUUAUUCAUCCUUGUUGCAGUCUUGUCCUGUGUUUAAUAGAUGAUCAGAAGACAUUUGCAGACAGAAAGGGCACCAUGACUCCCGUGAGGACCCAGCACUGCUUGGCAGGUCAGACGUACGCGGUGCCCCUCAUCCAGCCAGACCUGAGGCGGGAGGAGGCCAUCCAGCAGGUGGCGGAUGCCCUGCAGUACCUCCAGAAGGUCUCCGCAGACAUCUUUAGCAGGAUCUCCCAGCGAGUGGAGCUGAGCCGGAGCCAGCUGCAGGCCAUCGGGGAGAGGGUCUCCUUGGCCCAGGCCAAGAUUGAGAAGAUCAAGGGCAGCAAGAAGGCCAUCAAGGUGUUCUCCAGCGCCAAGUACCCGGCUCCAGAGCACCUGCAGGAACACAGCUCCAUCUUCACGGGCGCCCAGGACCCUGGCCUGCAGAGACGCCCCCGCCACAGGAUCCAGAGCAAGCACCGGCCCCUGGAUGGGCGGGCUCUACAGGAGAAGCUGCAGUACUUCCCGGUGUGUGUGAGCACCACGCCGCAGCCCGAGGACGCCGCCGAGGAGGGGCUGGGGGCUCUUCCCAGCAACAUCAGCUCUGUCAGCUCCUUGCUGCUCUUCAACACCACUGAGAACCUGUACAAGAAGUAUGUCCUCCUGGAUCCCCUGGCUGGUGCUGUCACAAAGACCCACAUAAUGCUGGGGGCAGAGACGGAGGAGAAGCUGUUCGAUGCCCCCCUGUCCAUCAGCAAGAGGGAGCAGUUGGAGCAGCAGGUUCCAGAGAACUACUUCUAUGUGCCAGACUUGGGCCAGGUACCUGAGAUCGACGUGCCGUCCUACCUGCCUGACCUGCCCGGCAUCGCGGAUGACCUCACGUACAGCGCUGACCUGGGGCCUGGCAUCGCCCCCUCUGCCCCUGGCACCAUUCCAGAACUGCCCACCUUCAACACAGAGGUAGCUGAGCCUUUCAAGCCAGACCUAGCAGAUGGGGUGCUAAGCACACCCCCACCACCUCCACCCCCACCGCCGCCUCCCCCAGCUCCUGCAGCGCUGGUCAGCACCCCCCUUCCCCAGACUGUGGCCUCUGCAGGCCAAGGUGCCAGGGAGGACGACAGCGGCAGCAGCGUGUCCCCUUCAGCUCCGGUCCAGGGAGCGCCCAGGGAGGUGGCCGAGCCCUCCAGCGGCCGGGCCUCUCUGCUGGAGUCCAUCCGCCAGGCUGGGGGCAUCGGCAAGGCCAAGCUGCGCAGCGUCAAGGAGCGCAAGCUGGAGAAGAAGAAACAGAAGGAGCAGGAACAAGUGAGAGCCACAGGCCAAGGCGGGGACCUGAUGUCGGAUCUCUUUAACAAGCUGGCCAUGAGGCGCAAAGGGAUCUCCGGGAAAGGACCUGGGUCAGGGGCCAGUGAGGGCCCAGGAGGUGCCUUUGCCCGAGUGUCAGACUCCAUCCCGCCUCUGCCUCCGCCUCAGCAGCCGCAAGGAGAGGAGGAUGAGGAUGACUGGGAGUCCUAGGGGCCUGCGCCGUCCCACCCAACCCAGGCCUGGGCUGCUGCCCUCACACGGAAGGGCCGGGAUGGAGGCUGCCCCAGGUGUGCCUGGACCUUUGUCAAGGACGGGGAGGCUGGCUGCAGGCCACAGGGCUGCUGGGGCCCCACUGUGUGACUGUGCGCCACCCCUCCCCCGAGGGCUCAUCUUCCCUGAAGAGACCUGGAGAGACACGAGCAGGCGGGUCAAUAAAGAGGCGUAACCAGAA